AUGCCCCAGACGAAGCCCAUCAUAGCAGCUCUAUCGUCUUUGAGCGACGGCCAGAGCAACGACGCCGUCGUCGAGGUACAGUCCGGCGUAGUUCCGGUUAACGCGCCAGGGGAUACGAAGCUACUUACUUUGCUAGGCGCUCGCAUGCAACUAAUACGCGCCGACCCCGAGAGGUUCUGUGAUGGUGUUCCCGGCUACGCCGAGUACGGAUUUCUAUCCGCAAAGAGCAUCCCCCUGACCGAGGACUGCACCUUGGAGUUCUUCGAGUGCCCGUUCCUGAAGCGAGCUCGACGCUUCGUGGCCAGGCCCUGA